AACCACAAUAAUAUGUACGCCCCUUACAUUCCGAGAAGCACCAUCGUGAUACGUUCAAACUAUGUGCCAUCUUAUAAAUUGUUUUUAUAGGAUUUGGUUUGAUUGUGCCGGUGUUAAAGAAGGUGGAAUAGAUGUGUACGUAGCCGCCUGAGAGGCCUCACUCGGGGCAGUAAUACACAGCUUUGUACAGAGCAAGGAGGAAAUAACGACCUAUUUUCCGAGACACCGUCGAAUAGUUAGCUUUCGUCUGCGGGUUUAUUUUUUGGUUACAUUUCCUACAGAGGUGAUUAAUUGACAAAUGGUAACAUCACAACGACUGCCCUCGUUUUGCUCGGACUUGGCGGCACGUUAGCUUGUUGUCUUGGUAGCUACGUCGUUUCAUUUAACGUCAGUUAGGUUAGCUAAGUUAAUGCUACGUGGGAGUUGCUAAGCGGGUAUUUAACGUUACGUAGCUCACCAAAGGCAACACGGAUCACAUUGUACAACUUGUUGAGGUGGUUCGAGAUGCUUGUUGACUAACAGUUCCGGUUGACGGGGAAAUCCUUGUAAAUCCAGGCGAUCGUUGUUCGCUAACGUUAGCUACCUGCCUGGAAACACUGGGCCUCGGUUACGUCAUGGCAGAUGAAAAUACACAGUUCUGUGGCAAUUGCAAACAUGACAUUCCAGAGGCUAAUUUCACUACUCACGAGAUCCACUGCCGAAGAAACAUUGCAUUGUGUGAUGUGUGCCAGGAUCCAGUGCCCCGGUCAGAGCUGCUGGAGCACAAACAGCAGGAGCAUACUCAGAUUACAUGCAAGUGUGGUUUGAAGAUUGAGAAGAACCAUAUUGCUGUUCACCAGAGCUCCGAAUGUUCUCAGCGACUGGUCCCGUGCCAAUUCUGUGAACUAGAGAUUGUUUUCAGUCAAUCCAAAGAACAUGAAGAUUAUUGUGGCACACGCACCGAGCCCUGCGUACACUGCAAAUGCAAUGUAAUGUUGAGAGAACAAGCUGUGCAUCCGGUCUUGUGUGGAAGCCUUACACCACCCCAAGAGAGGAACAACAGUCGGACGAGUCGCAGUCCAGUAGAACCACAGCCUCCAGGGCCGUGGUUUGAAACUCACUCCAUCCGAAACCUCCUUAGAGCCCAAGAGAGAGGCCCAAAGAAUAAUAACAUCAGUGCAGCAGAACAACAGGCCUUUCCCCGGCCAUUUGAUCCCAGGGAAUAUUACACUUCCAGGGGACCUCAAGGCCCAGGAGACUGGAAGACUACUGCCCCGAGAAACACUUUUAGCCCAUUGAUGGGGCAGAGUGAUUUCCGGACAGGCAGCAGCAGCAGUGCGUGGCCACAGAGUGAGCUCACACUGAAUGAGGAUUCAUCAGGCCUGGACUACAUGUUGGCUCUCAGCCUCCAGAGUGAUGUAGCAUCGGGGGCUGGAGGCGUAGAGGGAAACCUGUGGAGUGGCAUCUGGGACCACAAGAUUGGGAAGACUUCUAAUACCUCUGUAAACUCUCCACUCUCUCUGCCCAACAACAACUACCCAAACUUCACUACAAGCACGAGUACAAGCACCAGUGCAGUCCAGGAACACGACCAAGCAGAUACCAUGCUUCCUUGUGAGUUUUGCGAAGAACUGUUUCCUGAAGAGGACCUAAUUUUGCAUCAGACUGGAUGCAGCCCUGCCUCCGCCUUUGCAUCUUACAGCAAGCAGCCCUUGUCUCCACCCAAAGAGGACAGGAUGAGCAGGAAUGCUUCAGGGCUGAUGCACAACGUCCCUGACACACUCGCUUCAAACAUCCCCACUUUCCCUCGUUCAGUGUCCCCGGCCUCCUACAGUCCUCCAGCCAGUCCACUAGAGGGCGAUGUGGUCAUUCCAUGUGAAUUCUGUGGCAUUGCUCUGGAGGAGGCUGUUGUCUUUCACCACCAGGACAAAUGUGAUAUGCGUCCUCAGGCUGCUCACCCACUGAAUAAUCUCACAAAAGCAUCCGUCAAAAAACCACUGAGCCCGACCAACGAUGCCUUUGGUCAGAUGUCUUCCGAUUUUCAAAGGAGAAUGAAUCCCCAAGCCGACUUCUCGGAUGUGAACUUUGGAUGCGACAGAGAGACACCAGGACCAAACCCAAUGGACUGGCAGAGGGGUUCCAUUGGACUACCAAGUCAAAGGAAGACGUCCAACUGCGACGCUUCUGUAAAAAACCGACCUCAGCAGGGCAUGGAGGCAGAAGGAGCGCAUUCGUCUUUCUGUGACACCGAGAUGUCCGGCUCUACAGCUCUAACGGGAGUACAUCUACCAGAAAAUAAAGAAGGGAGAGGGAACAGAAGAAAUUCAUUGACAAAGUUGCCCAAGAAGCAGAAUGAAGAGCAGCAGGAAGAGUGAGAGCAUGUGGAAAAAAACAAAAAACAAAUCUCCUGCUCGGCUUUCAUUUAUCCUCUUGCACACUUAUGAAAACAAAACGUAUACCUAUCUGAUAAGUGCCUGUGUGAGUAUUAGUUAUCUUGCAGUUUAUAUUUUAAUGAUUUUUACUAUUAAAGUCUAAGUAAUUUGGUUUAAUAAUGCAUAUUCUGCUUUACUUCAAGAUCUUUUUCAAAUGUUUGUGUGUCUAACAUCCAGCCUUAAAAGAUAAAUUAUCAAAUUAAUUUUCUUUGCGCUGAGUUUGAUUUGAUUUAAAAUUUUCUUUUACCGUACAAGUUGUGUCCUUGCUCAUUUGGGAACAUUGAGAACAUCAGACACAUGACUUUGUCGGUGUGCAUUUGUCUAACUUAAUCUCCACCUUGUUACGUCAGCCAAGGACAUUUUGUUUUCACCCGUUUGCCAGUUCUUUCAGGGUCCUUCAGUGUUCCUGUUGGUUUCUGAAUCUUUAUGUAACCUAAAGCACUUUGAUAGAUUAUUUUGUUUAAAAAAGGGCUUGAGGAACAGAUUUCAUAAAGUUAUGCAUCUUUGACCAUGAAAAAAAGAACCCUGUAUAAUUGAACAUUUGUCUUUUUUAUAUUGUUGAACAUUUGUCUUUAAUACUCUUCAGUAAUAUUUUUUUUUGUUUUGUUUUGUUAUCAUAACUGUAGAACUAUAUAUGUGGUGUUACAAUGAGGUGGCUUCUGAAGCAGUGUCUCCUGUCCAAUCUUCUUUGAAGUAGAAUGAAACAUGUUGUGUGCAGCACCUCCGCAUAGGAUUUAAGAUGUAUUUUGUGUGUAACAUAGGGUCCACUUCAGCAAUACAUAUAAGAUAGGCAACCUAGUGCCACAGAUGGUUGAGACCUUGUAACUAAAGACAGAUCCAGAGAGUUUUCCUGAUUAACAUCUGAUAAUCAACCUCAACUAUUGAGGAGCAAGUAAUCAGUGCAAUCUCCUGCUGUGGUGUUUGGUGUGACUGUAGGUUCUCACGCCACAUGGCCGACUAUUCCUUUUUAAGAACAACUGUAUUGAUGCUCUUUGUCUUGUAUGGCUAUUAAAUGUGUAAUGAGGAGAUUCAUGG